UUUACGAUUUUUCUCAAUAAUUUAUAAAACUCUUAGCAUCGAUCGCAAAUCCGCAAUAUAUGUCUGAGUAAAGUUAUUAUUGCAACUAAAUUCUGUUUUAUAGAUCGUUCAUGUGCAAUAUCAAUUUUGACUCAGUCCCUUAAUAUUGUUUGCGCCAAGAAAAAUUCAAAGCGGAAAAAAAAUGAUAAAAGUACAACCAAUACAAAACGAAAGAAAAAAAAAAUCUUCUAUAUUGAGACUGAUGCGUCGAACAAUAGGCAUGAGCUCUUUUUAUUUUUUUCUCUCCCCACCUACAUUAUCCCACGUAUUUAAAAAAAAUGAUAAAAAAAGAAAAAGAUAAAAGACGAGAGAGAGAAACAGCAUCUCGCGUAAGCAGGCACCACAGACGUGCGUGGUUUCAUGUCUUCUUGAAUGGCGGCAGAAUACAACAAUACAGGAGAAAGAGUUCGGAGCGCUCUGAUUGGUUGAAAAUCGACCUUCCGGGGUUUAAGCCCAACCAGCUCUAUCUCGCCAACCCCGCGCCUGGCCGUGGGCAAAUUUAAUCCAACUCUAGGGUGAGAAAAAAUAUCACCGACCCCUUGACGUAACCAAAAUAAUAUCCCCCCUUGAUUUCUUCUCGUGCUGUGACUGAGCAUCAACCUCUGGGGUGAUAAGUUUCCUUCGUAUUGUGAAUGAUCGUCUGCUUUAUUAUUGAAAUAUCGCUUUAAAACUGAUGAUGAAUACGUAUUUUGAGCAGGGUGGAUUCUAUAACGGAUCUGCCGCCACUCCUGCCGAACCGCAGUCGUACCGUUUUCCGCAGAGUUUGCUCGUACCGCCGUACGGCCAGGGUCCGACACCUAGAAAUGCACACGAAUCAACCCCUUAUGCAGAUGCAAAUGGUGGACCAAACGGUGCUUGCAAGCUAUAUACAAGCGGCGAACCCACAUUUAAAGCUGAGUGUUUGGCCAAAGAAACUAAUGGAUUUGUGAAAGACAUGGUCACGAACUGGCCCGCCAUGGCGGCCAGAGUUGCCAAUGAGCAAAUGAGGUCAUUUGCAUCGGAAAAUUCCGUGACCCCCAGAGCAAAUGAGUCAUGGCAGCAGUGCUGUCAAAGUUCUCCGACCAUUGGUCAAACUCAGAGCAACACAUUUUAUCCAUGGAUGGCCGUACAAGGUCCAAAUGGCAUGAGGAGAAGAGGUCGCCAAACUUACACACGUUACCAGACUCUGGAACUAGAAAAAGAAUUCCACACCAAUCAUUACCUAACACGAAGAAGACGGAUUGAAAUGGCGCAUUCCCUUUGUUUAACAGAGCGCCAAAUUAAGAUUUGGUUUCAGAAUCGGCGGAUGAAAUUGAAGAAAGAAAUUCAGGCCAUCAAAGAAUUGAAUGAACAAGAACGCCAAUCUCAACAAGCCAAGGCCACUACCACUGUAUCAACCAAUUCAAAUAUGACUCACUCCAGUUCCACCACCAAUUCCAAUCCCGCCAAAAAUGUGGAUGUUAGUGCGCCAAUCAGUGCCACAAAAACGUAAGAUCUGAAGACAAUCCACAUGGACCUAAGUUCCAAAAUGCUUGAAGUUUUUAUACUCAAGUUGAACUUGAUGAUCUUACGAUCACUACUCAGCCGGGACUUAAUGUUGUUCAGUAUUGUUCCAUUGAACAUUAUUAAUUGGUGUGAUUGAACAACGACUUUUUUUUUACCUCGGCUUCCCUGUAUACGAUGAAAAGCUGUACAUAAUACGUAAAUUGAGACAUUUUUCCCCUCUGUUCGCCGUUCACACUUCAUUAUGUUGUUUCAAGUAUUCGCCAAUGCACCUACAUUGUAUUUAUUGAACUAAAAUGUAUUUCUGCAUCUUCUCAUAUUGCCGAAAGAUCAAGUGUAAUCUUGUAUAUUUGAACUCAUAAUUUAGCUGUAAUUUUGUCUUUGUGUCCAAGAAUUACUUCCACCAGAUGCCAAACAGUUGAGAGAACGUAAAAAUGAGAUUUUUAAAGACUAUAACAACCAUAUUUUUACUUUAGAUGUCAUUGGUAUUUGAAGCUCGCUUGUGAUAGUGGUAUAAUAUGAGUUAAUUCUUAAUCCGAAUUUUAUAAAUACUAUGAAGUAUCCUGAAAUCAAAGCGUUGUACAUACCUAAAAUAAUACGUAAAAUAAUUCAAUUUUCUCAUCUAAUACGUCUAAGAAAAUAUUUUACAUUUUCAAUCAAUGCAUAAAGGACUUAAUUUUACUAAAAUGUUCACAAAGUUUAAAAGUAAUAAAAAAUAAUGCUAUUACUUAUUCUAAGAAUUUUAUUAAAAUCAUAACAUAGCUGUUCAAUACUGACGGCGUUAAAAAGUUUGAAUCCAAAUUAGGUAAAACAUCGUUUUAUUGCAUAUUAAUAAUGGUUUGUUUGCUUAAUCGAUUGUAGUAGAAGAAACAAAUUACAAUUUGAUUAAAAAAAAUGUGACCAUGACAGAGUAAAACUAUAAAAACUAAAAUGAAAUCAAUAUUUUUAAUUUAUAACGAAGAACAGCUACUCCAAAUGCAUGUAAACUGGUUUAGUUGAGAAAAUACUAUUUCUAUUUUGCAUUUGGGGAAAAGAAAUUGAGGAUCAAGUAGCAAACGCAACACAUAACAUAGGUUAUCACAAGUCAACGUUUUUAGACAAUAAAAAUUUAUGAAAUAGACUCUACUAAGAAUAGCAGAAAAAUCGGGAUAGUUGUCUUAAAUCGCUUAGGUAUUGAUCACAUAUUGACUUAGACAUAUCCUUAUUGACUUACAUACUCUUCGCUGUAAAACAUAUUUUGACCCAGUGUAACUAAUUUAAGAUCCACUUUAGUAGCUUCAUUCUGACAUUGGUUUAAAUAAUUUAAGGAUGACAUGAUAAUUUUUUUUAGACUUCAAGAAAAUAAGCUUUCAUAGAUCAAUCCAACUUUUAAUUCAUUACAGAACUUUUUUCCCCAAACCAAGUUGUUGCCAAGUAAAACCAAACCGUUCACGGAUACUGCGCUAAAAACUUCUGACUUUUUAAGUAACUAUUUCUAUGUUGAGACAAAAAGGAAUGAUAAAUAAAAUAUGUAUGAAUAUAUAUUUUUUGUUUUAAAUGUAUUUAGUUUUGAGGUUCGUAAUUACAUUAUAUUUACUUAUUGUUAGUACGACAACUCAUUACUUAAAUCACUGAGCUGAUUCCGUGAAGGUCUGCAGUUCAAUCCCCAUUGGUAGCUUCAAGCUCACUUAGCUAGAGUAGAGACCAACUUGGAAAGUUUUAUAACAUAAUUGAAUACCAGCUUAACAUUAUAAGACAGGCAUAAAAGCGUUUGUUUAUUUCAAAAUGGUUUUUAUUUAGAGUAUGUGAAUUUAUGAAUAAAAUAAGAAUUCCGCUCCGAGGGCUGUUAAUCAGCUUAACAAUAAUACUUUGUUUUAUUUUACAACAUAAUAUUGAGUGCAAAUCCAAUUUUUUUCGAAUUAACAUGCCACUGAAAAUAGAAAAAGAAAUUUUGUCCCACCUUUAAUCUUAUAAACUAGUUACCACGAAUCAAACGCAAUAUAAUACGUAAUGGCGAUAUCAAAAGUGUUCUGCAGAAAUAAAUUAAUUUUAAUUAAUGUAUUAUAAUAGUAAAUAUGUUACAAAUAUAUGAAAAUCAAUUAAUGUAGUGUUAUACCUCUCCGAAGUAUGAGGAAACCUAAAAUAUCCAGUUAAUGUUUUAAAUUAAUGUCUAAUUAUAUCUUACUAAUCGAAUCUUGUUUUUCUGUUUUAAUAACUAUACGGAUGAAAAAAAAUUUAGAAUUACUGUACUGUACUAUGGUAAUGACAUUUCAAGUUUUAAAAAAAAAUCUGGUAAUAAA